CGCGUCUCAGGCGCUGCGCCCGGCAGCAGCCCCGCUCGCCCGGAAAGCUGGCUCCGUGCGCCAUGGUCGCCCACAGCAAGUUCCCCAGCGCCGGGAUGAGCCACCCGCUGGACACCAGCCUGCGCCUCAAGACUUUCAGCUCCAAGAGUGAGUACCAGCUGGUGGUGAGCGCCGUGCGCAAGCUGCAGGAGAGUGGCUUCUACUGGAGCACCGUGACCGGCGGGCAGGCCAACCUGCUCCUGAGCGCCGAGCCCGCCGGCACCUUCCUCAUCCGGGACAGCUCCGACCAGCGCCACUUCUUCACCCUGAGCGUCAAGACCGAGUCCGGCACCAAGAACCUGCGGAUCCAGUGCGAGGGGGGCCAGUUCUCCCUCCAGAGCGACCCCCACAGCAGCCAGCCCGUGCCUCGCUUUGACUGUGUCCUCAAGCUGGUCCAUCACUACAUGCCCCUCCCCGAGCAGCAGCCCGGCGAGGCGCCCCACCCCAAACGUGCCUACUACAUCUACUCAGGUGGAGAGAAGAUCCCGCUGGUGCUGAGCCGCCCGCUCUCCUCCAACGUCUCCACCCUGCAGCACUUGUGCCGCAAGACUGUCAACGGGCACUUGAACUCCUACGAGAAGAUGACCCAGCUCCCAGGUCCCAUCAAAGAAUUCCUGGACCAGUACGAUGCGCCCUUCUAAGCGGCUUCCUGCAGGAGCAGCACACUAUACAAGCACAAAAC